GCCGCUCCACCCCCAUCCACAACUUCCCACCGGAGCGUCAGAGAGAGAGAGAGAGAGAAAUGACGACCCGCUUCAAGAAGAACCGCAAGAAGCGAGGCCACGUGAGCGCCGGUCACGGCCGUAUCGGAAAGCACCGGAAACAUCCCGGAGGUCGCGGUAACGCCGGAGGUAUGCACCACCACCGAAUCCUCUUCGACAAGUACCAUCCAGGUUACUUCGGGAAGGUCGGCAUGAGGUAUUUCCACAAGCUUCGCAACAAGUUCUUCUGCCCCACCGUCAACAUCGACAAGCUCUGGUCGAUGGUCCCUCAGGACGUGAAGGACAAGGCCAACAAAACCAAUGCUCCGAUGAUCGAUGUGACCCAGUUUGGGUACUUCAAGGUUCUUGGAAAGGGAGUUUUGCCAUGUGAUCAGCCGGUUGUGGUGAAGGCGAAGCUCAUUUCGAAGAUCGCUGAGAAGAAGAUUAAGGAGGCCGGUGGUGCUGUUGUACUCACCGCUUAGGUUUGUUUUCUUGUUAUUUGAUUUUGUUAAUUUGGAAAUUGAAGGUUUACUGUGUUUUGAUGGUUAAUGUGGACCCUGUAGUACUGGAGUUUUGUUUUGGAGAUGCUAUGUUUUGGCUUUAAUUAAUAUCAACUUCAUUU